AUGACUGCAUCGAUGUUGAUGAUGUGUGGUCAUGAUGUGUGCUAUCAGUUUACAGAUUUUUUUGAGAGCUGGUAUAAUUUCUUCCAUAAAGUGUUUGUCCAGCAUGAUGCUGCUCAACUCUACCUCACAGUCUGGAACCUAAUUAAGGACCAAAUCACAGAUGUGGACUUGGUAGAGAGGCUGCAGGCCCUGUAUACAAUCCAGGUGAUGGAGUCCUUGGUUUGCCUUGAAUGUACUGUGGAGAGGAGCAGAAACAGUAGCAUGUUGACCCUCCCCCUUCCUCUUUUUGAUAUGGACUCAAAACCCCUGAAAACACUGGAAGAUGCCCUUCGAUGUUUCUUCCAGCCCAGGGAGUUAUCAGGCAAAAGCAAAUGCUUCUGUGAGAAAUGUGGGAAGAAGACUUGUGGGAAACAGGUCUUGAAGCUGAUCCAUUUGCCCCAGACCUUGACAAUCCACCUCUUGCGGUUCUCCAUCAGGAAUUCUCAGACAGAAAAGAUCUGCCACUCACUCUAUUUCCCCCAGAGCUUGGAUUUAAGUCAGGUCCUUCUGACUGAAGAAGACCUCUGCAAUGCCGAGGAACAGGUGAGAAGCUCCUUAAUUCCCUUCCAUCCUCCAUCUCUUCAGACCCCUUGUCUGCUUGAUUUUGCCUCUCCUCGCCUAAGGUACUUGAAGUCACCCACUCAUCAGAUAUAGCACUUUUGGUCAUCUCAUCUGUGUCAUUAUACUAUCUCAUAAAUCAUGGCCUCUGCUGGCCA